AUGGGUCUCAGGCACUCCGAGGACAAAGACGGCGCCAGCAUCGAUGUCAAGGACGUAGAGGCGACGCAUGUCGAGGCCGCGGGCGGCGCCGCGCGCGUGCUCGAGAUCGGUACCUUUCGCGUCACGGGCUUGAGCACCGAGGACGCCGAGUUCUUUCAGGCGUUCCCAGAGGAAAAGAUUAGGAAGGUGUUCAGAAAGGUUGAUGUGCGUCUCGUGCCCAUGCUGGCCGCGCUUUAUCUCAUCUGCCAUAUCGACCGGGCCAAUAUCGGCAAUGCGAAGAUCGAGGGCAUGAUCGAGGAUCUGGGGAUGACGGGCGUGCAGUAUAACAUCGUCCUAUCGAUCUUCUUCAUCCCCUACGUCCUCUUCGAGAUCCCUUCCAACAUGGUGCUCAAGAAGUUCAAGCGGCCGUCGACCUAUCUGGGCAUCCUGGUGGUCAGUUGGGGUAUCGUCAUGACUCUGACCGGCAUCGUGCAGAACUUUGCCGGCCUGAUGGUGACUCGCGUCCUCCUCGGUGUCUUCGAAGCCGGUUUCUUUCCCGGCGCCAUCUACCUUUGCUCCUACUGGUACAUGCCCAAAGACCUCGCCACACGCAUCUCCUACUUCUACUGCGCCUCCGCCCUCUCCGGCGCCUUCUCGGGCCUGCUCGCCGCCGGCAUCGCGCAGAUGGACGGCGUCGCCGGCCUGCAAGGCUGGCGCUGGAUCUUCCUGCUCGAAGGCAUCGCGACCGUCUGCCUCGGCGUCGGCUGUUUCUUCUUACUGAUUGAUACGCCCGCGCUGAGUUCGCGCUGGCUGGAGCCGGAUGAGAUUCGGUACUUGGAGCUGUCGAUGUUCAUCAAGCAGGGUGGCGCAUUCUCGGAUGAGUCUGGUGGGAAGAUGCGGGAUUUGGUGAAGGUGUUGAAGAAUUGGAGGGUGUAUGUGCAGGCGUACUUUUUGAUCUGUCAGAGUGCCUUGUCGUAUGGCAUCAAGUUCACUCUCCCCACCAUCACGAAAGCCAUGGGUUUCAGCUCCACUAACGCACAACUCACCUCGGCCCCGCCCUAUGUCGUCGCCGCCAUCUCAGCCAUCCUCUUCGCGCGCCUCUCGGAUCGGUACUACCGGCGAAUGCCAUUCGUCGCCAUUCCCAUGGCCAUUGUGACGGUCGCGUACUCGAUCCUCACCUCACUGGACGGCGAACUUCAAGCCAAACGCGGCGUGGCUUACUUCUCCAUCUUCCUUGCGAUGGCUGGCAUUUACCCGAUCCAGAGUGCCGCAGCGUCCUGGAACGCCAACAACUUGGCACCCUCGUCCCGCCGCGCCAUCGGCAUCGCGCUCAUGAACUGCGUAGGGAAUGUCGGGGGCAUCGUCGGAAGCUACAUGUUCCUCGAGUCUGAGAACCCCAAGUAUCCUACCGGGUUCGGGCUCAGUUUGGCUUUCGGCGGCUCUGGACUCAUUGUUGCUCUGCUCCUUGAGUGGAGCUACAGGGUUGCGAAUGCCAGGAAGGCGAAGCUUGUGGACGAGUACAAAGCCAAGUAUACUGAGGAGGAGCUGUUUGACAUGGGAGACAAGAGUCCGCUUUUCAAGCAUGUCUUGUAA